UUUUUCCAAAUCAUGACCUAUCAUCAAUUUGUAAAGAGCAGUGCAUGAAUUUUUCAAUCUUUCAAUCUUCAUUCUUCACCUUCAUUUAAACUGUUACCGUCUGUCGUUUCUGUCGAUUUUAGUUUUGUCUGUGAGUUUUGGAGUUAUUUGACAUUCGUUUAUUUUGUUGUCAUGUGUUAUCGGGAGUGAAAGGACUUUGUUGUACAUUAUUUAUUCAAUAAAAACACACGGAUUUUCUGUAUUCAGAAUGACUGUCGUGUAAAGAACUAAUAGUGGAAGAUUUUAGAAUCUCGUUUUUGUUUAAGACGUUCAUUUUAUUAAGUUAGUAAUCAUGGUGCAGGAAUAUGUGUCUCCUGUCAGGGUGCACAAGUAUCCGUUCGAAAUGGUGAUGGCCGCGUACGAGAGGCGGUUCCCGCACUGCCCGCAGAUCCCCGUUGUGAUUGACUGCAGCAUCACGGAUGACAGCUGGAGCGCAGAUGACUCGCAGCGGUACACCACGCGCCGUUGCCAGCUCAACGUCGACGCACCAUAUUUACUUAAAAAGAUGAUCGGCGUUGACUACAUUUACUUCAUCCAGAAGAACCAUCUGGAUCUAAGGAACAGGGUUCUGGAGAUCGAGGCCACGAAUGAGACCUUCUCCGCUAGGAUCGGUGUGCUGGAGAAAUGCAGAUAUUACGUUCAUCCUGAAAAUCCAGAAUGGACCUGCUUUGAACAAAGUGCUCUUCUCGACGUCAAGAAUUUCUUCGGACUCGAGAACACUGUGGAAAAAAUUGCCAUGAAGCAGUACGCAUCUAAUAUUGCUAAAGGCAAAGAGCUGAUCGAGUCGUUCAUGCAAGAGGUGUUUGCGGACGGCGUGACGGAGCUGCAGCCGUGGGUGGCGGACCAGCCGGCGCAGAACCGCGAGCUGCGGCGCAUCGUGUCGCGCGGCGCCGAGCCCCUCUCCCCGCUGCCAGCACAGGACCUCUCGAAGCAUUCACAACCAGACCAGUAUACACUGGACAGCGAAUAUAUUAAACGGUACUUGGGCGAGCUGACGCCUAUGCAGGAGUCCCGCCUGCUGCAGCUGCGCAAGUGGAUCGCAGACCUGCAGAAGGGAAAGGUGCCUAGCGACACGACGUUGCUGCGGUUCCUACGCGCGCGCGACUUCAGCGUGGAGAAGGCGCGGGAGAUGCUGUCGCAGUCUCUGCUGUGGCGGAAGAAGCACCAAGUGGAUCGCCUGCUCUCAGAAUACGAGACGCCUGACGUCGUCAAGCAGUACUUCCCCGGCGGAUGGCAUCAUCACGACAAAGACGGUCGGCCGCUGUAUGUACUGCGUUUGGGUCAGAUGGACGUUAAAGGUCUGCUCAAGUCCAUUGGUGAGGAUGGACUACUAAAAUUGACGCUGCACGUGUGCGAGGAAGGUCUGCGGCAGCUGGAGGAGGCGACGCGGAAGUCUGAGCGCGCAGUGCACGCGUGGUGCCUGCUGGUGGACCUGGACGGGCUGAACAUGCGACACUUGUGGCGGCCAGGAGUGCGCGCGCUGCUGCGCAUCAUACAGGUCGUGGAGGCCAACUACCCGGAGACCAUGGGCCGCGUGCUCAUCGUGCGCGCGCCUCGCGUCUUCCCCAUACUCUGGACCAUCGUCAGCACCUUCAUCGACGAGAAUACCCGCAGCAAGUUCUUGUUCUACGGCGGCAAGGACUACCUGCAGGCGGGCGGUCUGCUCGACUACAUCCCCAAGGACCUCAUACCGGACUUCCUCGGCGGACCUUGCAAGAGUUUCGUGCACGAGGGCGGGCUGGUGCCCAAGUCGCUGUACGUUAGCGGCGCCUUCACUGAGCGCGAUGGUGACCCGCUCUGCGAGGACAGCAUAUAUCACUCCGUCAGCCUCGCUAAGGGACAGGUGCACGAGGUGGUGGUGCGCAACUGUGACCCGCACAGCGUGCUCACGUGGGACUUCGACGUGUUGCGGCACGACAUCGCCUUCACCGUGUUCCGCACCGCGCACGACCUGCCCGCGGCCACGCCCAGCGCUGAACACAACGCCACAGCUCUGUGCGCGGGCGGCGGCGCAGAGCCGCGCUCUCUGCUGCAGCAGCUGGAGGCGCGCGGGUGGCGCGAGGGCCAGCACUACCAGCGCGUCGAGCCCACCCUCGUCUGCCACGACGGAGAGAGCAUUCAGGGCUCUCACGUGAUGACGGAGUGCGGCAGCUACUUGCUGCAGUGGCGCUGCGAGCUGCUGGACAGCGCACACCGCGCCGCCCAGCUCAUGUACUUCCACGAGACCCUCGCCAGCCACCAGUACAAAGGAUCUAUGUCUAGCCUGCAGUCGGCUACCAGCGGGUUCUCGUGCCUGAGCGGCAAGUCUGCCGCCAGCUCGUGUCCCUCGCGGUGAUGCGCGCCUGGGCCCGCGGCCGCCCCGCCCACAUAGGGCCGCACCACGCCCCGCCCACAUAGGCCCGCACCAC